UUUCAGCCUAUAUCUGCAUUGUCGGUAAAUAGGGGCAAGGAAGGUAGCGCAUGGGCAGCCAGUGAGGAAUUAUUCCACAUCGCAUCACAUGCCUUACAUGGCCGUCCUUAUAUUUAACGAAACGAUGCAUUUGCUCAAAUUUAGUGAAUUGAGAAUAACAGUCAUUUUCGAAUUCUGGUAACCUUCUCGGUUAGGUCGCAUGGGAGGGGGAUUUUAUAUAGCCUCCCUACAUUGCAAGUUCGCGGAAACGUUAUGGGUUUCGGCUCCUAUGAAUCCUGGCCAAUUCCUGCAAAUAUUGCCAUCAGCGCAAAUAUUUAUUUGCAUCCUUAACGUUUUCGGCAUGUAGGACUGUAUAUAUGAGGGAACGACCCGGAAAAGCAAUGGAAGAUAUGCAUAUUUUAAUACACGCUUGUCGAGAUGGAUACAUCAAUGAGAUGACCUGGGAACUCAACAUCAGACCAAAAUCACUAGAUGACUAAGGACCUUAUUCCAACUGUGUGCAGCAACACUUCAUUCAAACACUACUUCAAACACUACUACUGAGCCAAUGUAGAACCUGCCCCUUCAGAAUUCCAUGACUUUUUUCCUUGCCUGGAUUUCAGCACAAAGUCAAAUCUACCAGGACAGAGUAUGCCAUCUGCACCUUUCCACAGAAUUCUACGACCCCUUCUACUUGGCACCUUCCUACUGGGCUGUUUUGUGACUCUGUUUUUGAUGUACUUUAAACCGUCCACUAGCUGGCUAUCAGGUCCUGUAGAGUCAACAGCAUCCACAAUCCGAGUUAAAAACCUCUUCUCCGCCAAGAGUGACAAAAACCUGACCACUGUACUCGUCUGGCUCUGGCCCUUUGGACAGACCUAUGACCUGGGUGUCUGCAGCUCUCUGUUCAACAUUGAGGGCUGUUUCAUCACAGCAGAUCGGAACCUAUAUAAUAAGUCAGAUGGGGUCGUCAUACAUCACAGGGAUAUCUGUACUGAUCUCUCCAACCUGCCCCCCCUUCAGCGUCCCUCCUUCCAAAAGUGGAUAUGGAUGAACCUAGAGUCACCAUCUCACUCCUCUCAGCUGCCCGGUAUCGAAAACCUGUUCAAUUUAACUCUGAACUAUCGCCAGGAUGCUGAUAUCGAAGUGCCUUAUGGGUCGAUUGUGACGGCCCAAGGGGACGAGGAUUUCGUGCCUCCGAGCAAAAGCAAAUUGAUCUGCUGGAUUGUCAGCAACUGGAACCCGGAUCAUGUGCGAGUGAAGUACUACAACGAGCUAUACAAACACAUUGAGGUUCGCGCUUAUGGACAAGCCUUUGGGGAGUACAUUGCGGAUCAAGACUACUUUCCUACCAUCGCCAGUUGUAAAUUCUACUUGGCAUUUGAGAACUCAAUUCACAAAGACUACAUCACAGAGAAACUGUAUAACCCACUCUCUGUAGGGACGGUGCCUGUGGUUUUAGGCCCGCCAAGACAGAACUAUGAGAACUUUGUCCAGGGGGAUGCUUUUAUCCAUGUGGAUGACUUCACCUCUCCCAAAGAGUUGGCUGACUAUCUCCUGCUCUUGGACAAAAAUGAGGAAAUGUACCUCAGGUACUUUGAGUGGCGACGGCACUUUAAGGUGAAAAAGGCAUACUUCUGGGCCGAACACACGUGCCUCGCUUGUGAUUAUCUCAGAAGGCACAAGGAGUACAAGGCAUUCAAUAACCUCGAUAAAUGGUAUUGGGGUGGAACGCCUUGAAGGCCCAAGAAAUUGUUGUUUUGCUGUUGGAGGCAUUGCUUGAAAAAUAUUUUUCAGUCAUGGACAAUGCUUCAGCAUGUUUUUUCUCAGUGGUUACAGGGGCCCAAAUUAGCCAUUCCCUUUUUUUAUUUUGUUACCAGCCAGAUUUGCUCAGCCUUACUUUGCCUAUUGCAUUUUCAUUCAAUCAUGUAUUUGUAUUUAUGUUGUAGUCAUUUGCAAUGCUUUUAAUAUUUGUUUUAUAAAAUAACACUUUUAUAUUUAAUGUCUGAACGUGACCACAUUUGCUGCUAUCUGUUUUUUUUAAUGAUGUACUGUAACUGUUUCCCACCCCAUAAGGUGGGAAUCAAGCUGACAUGCCACAUCUUUCAUCUGGCAGUAUUCACAACAUUGUGGUGUUGAAAUUGUAGUUUUUGUAAUUGUAACCAGUAUUCUUUUUUUAUUUCUGUGGAAUGUUCAUGUUGAAUUUGUUGUCCUCAGGGCACUAUUGAAAAUGAGUCACUGGUCUCAAUGGGCUCCCAAGGUUAAAUAAAAGAAUAAUGAAAAAAUAUAUACAAUAAAUAAUUGAAGUAAUAGUUGUUUCAAUUAAAAUAUUUAUGUACUAUUUAUUGAAUUGAGACAUUGUAUGAUACAAUACCAUCUAAAAUUCGUGAUACAGUCAUCUAUGCAGUGUUUACUGAUCUUCAAAUGUAAAAGUAGUUCAGUUUUGUUAUCAACUGUAUAUUGUAUAUGUGUGUGUUUUUGAGAAAUCACCCUCAAUUUAUUUUUGCAAGGUUGCAUUUGCAAAACAAAUGGACACUCAUCUUUGAUCAUGUAUGUACAGUAACACAUUGUAGAAAGCAGGAAAGAUAACAAAAAAAUACUGACAAAGUGUGUCAGGGGAGAAAUGUGAACUUAUUAUGCUAAUAGUGGUUUCUUAGUGGGCAUUAUCACAUUAAAUGCAUUGAGGUUCUUUAAAAUGCCCCGAGCUCAGUUUUCAUUCCAUGCUGUGUAAAUGCCAAUUUUGUCUACAUGUUCUCCACUGAACAAUGCAUCUAAACAGCUCUCAGCACGAUGGUUGAAUCGGUAACACUUUAUUUGAACUGUACGUAAUAAGAGUCAUAAUAUAACAUAAACAUUUCUGAAAUAGUUAUAACAAGUGUUAUGACAACAGUUAAUGUCACUUGCAAUUGCUAGCUGUUGACACCUGUCAAGACUACAUAAAUGUGUCAUCACCACGAGAAAUGUCAUGACAGUUUUUCCUAAAGGGUAACACUACCUUAAUGAAGUAAAAUAUUCAUCAUUUCAUGAGUAUAAUAUUGUCAUAACAUUAUCCUACCAGCCACUAACCCUUCAUUACAUUUUUUUCUAUGAUAUUGGCCUCUUACAUUUAGCAGCAUUUAGCACUUUCAUCAAGUCUAAGCACUUCACAUUUCCAGUAAAAGCUCUCUGACCUCAUCCACCUGCAAUGUGUAACGCCCACCUGGAUGAUGCACAGCAGCAGUGGAGAGAUAAGACGUGAAUGUGCCAAUUGGAAUUAGGGUAAGAUUAGGUGCUAGGAUAUCAAGCGGAGUAAUGAUCACUUCACUGUGACUGCAGAUACCCUACAUAAUUAUGUCAUAAUUCACCAAAAUAAACAUCAGGAGUAUUAUUGUAUUUUUUUACACUUCUGUUUAUGACACAAUGCCAGGUUACAUACACUACAGCUAACCAUUUUAGCCUUGAUGAGUAAGUGACAAACCUAUGUUAAUAAUACCUGUCAGUCAUGUUUACGACAAUAUUAUGAUGCUGGUACGUUGUAGCUACAGUUCAAAUACAGUGUAGGAACGCUUUCUUUGAAGGUUGAAUUACGUGAAGCAUUCGUAUCAGCAUAUAUAAACUAUUCAUAACACAUCCAUGAAAUCAGUAACAUCAUAAAGACCUUAAGAGUGCAUUCAAUAAGCAUAGAGUAAUAUUAUUUGUCAUUAGUGACGUUAUUGAAUAGUUUAAAUGUGAAAAUAAAAGUCCUAUGGAGCAACAGAUUUUGGGCAGAACAACAAAAAAAUGAUCCUCCCUUAAGUUACUUUAUUGGUUCUGAAAUACUGUUUCUUUUUGACUAUUUCCAUUUUGUUUAUCCCUAUGCAUGUUGUGUUAACAUUGAUGCUUUUAGUUUACUUUGAAAUUCAUUUCCAAAAUGUAUCGCCAGAUAGAUUCACACAAUCUAUAGAUUGUAUGAAGACUCGAAGAUAUGAAUCACAGAUUUACAGACUGAACGGUCAACCGAAUGGGCAAUAUAACUUCUGUAGACUACAUUUAAAACAUUUAUUUUUUUAAAUGUAACCUUUAUUUAAAUCAAACAUAACUGUUGAUUACAUGUUCUAAAAAUACAUCAGAUAUUUAUAGUAUCUGGCUAUAUGGUUGGAAAACACAUGUAACAUGAAAUCAAUGUUAAUUAAGGUAACACUAAUACAUGUUUGAGAAGGUGAAUUUAAAAGUUAAGGACAUUUUCGUAUCUCGACUACUGUAGAUGCUUUAUGAAUGAAUACACUACGAAGGUCUUUAUAAAUGUCACGUACACCUUCGUGGAUGUGUUAUGAAUUUGUGUUAUUAUGUUGUUGUGAAUACUUUCUGUAUCAGUAACGAACAUCCCUGUGCUUGCCUCGCUGUGCCACCUACACCUGCUCCAGCACACACCGAGACCAUAACCUUGGACCUCUGCCUCGCAAACACACGUGCUCGCCCUCUUGAAGCACAUUUAACUAGCUGCGCCACCCGAAAAGGUACCAAUGCAAUGGUGCAGGUGUUGGUUUCAAGCUCGAUUCAGUCCGUAUUGCGGAGGAGCCGCGGUAUAGAGCGAUUGAAAUUUAAAGGUCAUUUUCCGAAUGAGCCGACAUAUGCAGCGUUUGCCGUGAAUGCAGUCUCCGCAAACACGGGAACAUUGCCUUUAAAUUUGAAUCGCCCUAUACAGGGGAUAUUCCGCUAUACAGAUUGAAUCAAAACCUUUGUUUAACCAAUUCAAUUCGGUUAUAUAUGUCACCUUCAAAGAAAGUCACCUAAAGAGUUGCUGUUGAAUCUGAACGCAAACUUAUGUAAGACUUUCAGAAUAUAUUUUAUGCAAGAUUAGUUUCUACCUGGUGAAAAUACUAAACUUUCAGGUUUUUUUCAUUUUGUUGUAUUUACUGUGAGUGGGACCAUUAGUGUAAAGAGGAUGAUUAUAAAUAUUUGUUAUAUAGACAACAAAAAAAAACAGUCUAUGUGUAUAACUUGAAAUUGAAAGGCUAUUUUAAUAAGGUGGUGUAAGGGACAAGGACACAACAUAAAGCAUGUCGUCCGUGUGCAGCGGGCAGCACACGGACGGGCAUUUUCUUUCCAAGCGAUUCUUCAUGUUGAAGCGUCAACUUUCGUUGACACCCAAAAGAUCUACUGCACACGGCCGACGUUCGUAAUGAUGUGUCCCAUCCUCAAAACUAGUCCACUGACAUGUCGACGAGCGGAAUUCUGUAACUUUCUUUUUAAAAACACCCCACAGCUCUACCAUUUAAUUAAAUAAUGUAGAAAGAUUUUAGAAAGCAGUUCAACAGUCUUGAUUGAAUGGAUUUUUUUUUCUCCCACUGUUCCAGGCUGUGAUUGGUUGAUACUGCCGGGACAUAGCCUAGUUCCAAAUACUGAAUCAGACCAGCGCUAGUGUUGCAUUAUAGCCUGCCGCUAGUCAAGGGAGAGCUGCACAGACCAUAGCUAAGUCAAUCAGUCUACCUACCAUAGAUAAUAUUGUGGGCAGCUGUAAUAUCUAGGCUAACCUUGGUUGGACUGUAUUUAUACUCACACUAAGUUAGGUAGCUACUAAUGGACUAGCUAAGCUUUGAUAACAAAUUGCUAACACUAAUUCGCACCAGCUAUGAAUGCACAAAGUGAGUAGUGUCCGGUGAGUAGGCCAACUCUGCUUUGACCACAACAGCUAGCUAGUUGAUUCAUUCACUGAGGUAGGUAAUAAUACCUAUCUUGCUAGUCUAGAAAACAGCAGCACAUAGCCUAUUAGGGUCAGCAAACCAUUUUUUAUUUUUUUACAGCCACUGCCAAAGAUUUUAGCUAAUAAAAAGCUUGCCUUCAGCUCAGCCACUGGCAUUGCCUUGCUUUGAUCUUCUGGCUACGUCAACUAAUCAUAUUCUCAAAUUAUGGAAUAAAAUGCAUUCAAUCAAGACCGUCAAAUGUCAUUCUGAAUAAUGUGUAUAUAUUUGUAAUGUUUCAGUCUCUUUUUUAACGUUCAAGUGUUGCCAGCUUUGAAUAAUGAUUUGUGCUUCAAAGCAGCUUAUGAAUGAGGGGGAAAGAAAAGAGACACUUAUACCGGAGAGCCAGCGUUGAAGGCAACAGUAAGAGCGUCUGCUAAAUGACUUAAAUGUAAAUGUAAUACUGUUUUGGAAAGGCCCUUUUUCGUCAAGUGAGGCAAUUAUACAAAAGAGAAUGCAGACCGUUUUUGGAUUAGAUGCUAAUCCUGUUGACAUGACCUAAAUUCAACCAUCCUGUUGAAAUUUUGCAGAGAUAUAUAUAACUUUUAUUCACGCAUAAAUGUAUGACUCAUUGGCUGUCUCAAAUGGAGCUAUUGUGAGUUCAUGAACUGUCCCAGACUGUCCCAGAAUAUGACUAUGACACUUCCAGCUAUGGUUUCAUAUUGUACAGUUUCACUUCAUGUAUGAAACAGAGGUUUCUUGUUAAAUGUGAUCUGUUGCAACAGGUUUGUUCUCUUGUUGUCUGAACUUUCUUUGUUCUUUGCACAAACAUGUCAAUUCUCUUUUCUGUGACUAAGUACAUUAGGAGAGUGGCUUAGGAUAUGUUUUUUAUUCGAGUUGGUGCAAAGAUGGUGUCCAUGGACAUUAUCUCUGCAUGAAGAGCAUUCUUCAUGUUUUGCUGAAUCUUAAUUGAAUAAUGCCUUUUCUGCCAGUUUACUGAAAGAGAUGUUGAAUCGAUCAUUGUAAGGUUCUUGCCAAAUCAUUGUAUUUUGCCAAUGUGUAUAACUGUAGAUGUCUGGUAUUGUCACGUUCGCUGGAAUAAAUAUCGGACCAAGGCGCA